AUGGACAAAGUGUUCCACCGCCUACUCAACGCCGGCUACACCAUCAACCUACAGAAGUGUCAGUUCCUUCCGCCAACUCUACUAUACCUUGGCCACAUUAUUGAAGACGGAAUAAUCCGACCCAAUCCCAAGAAGGUCGAGGCCAUCCAAUUGCUCAAGUCGCCCCCCACGUCCCACGAAGUUCGUUCUUUACUCGGUGUCGCUGGGUUCCUGCAAGCCUUUAUCCCUAACUACUCCCAAGUUACUGCUCCCAUUACUGACUUGCUGAAGGGAGUACCCAACAAGAAGACCCGCGCUGUGAAAAUCAACUGGACUACUAAAUGUGAUGACGCCUUAACCGAGUUGAAGCGGCUUGUCAUUGACUCCGCUCUGGUGCAGCCCCUCGACGGUGAUGAGUUCUUGCUUGAGGUGGAUGCUUGUAGUUAUGCGAUAGGUGGAGUGUUGAAGUUGAAGCGUGGUGGAGCUUGGCUGCCCGUCCACUACGUCAGUCGCAAGCUGAACGCUACUGAGCAGAACUGGCCAAUCCGCGAGAAAGAAGCUUUUGCUAUAAUCUAUUGCCUCCAAAAGCUUGAUUACUAUGUGAAGUCCAGGCACAUUGUUGUUGUUACUGACCAUCAGAGUCUGAAGUGGUUGAUGGAUGCCAAGUCUGGAAAGCUUGCCCGUUGGGCCAUCCUACUUAGUGAGUACGACUUGGAUAUCCAGUUCCGCAAAGGCUCUGAGAACUAC